AUGAAUGAUAUUAUGUGUGAAGAAAAUAAAAUAAAAUGUAAGAAUAUAGUUUCAAUUUAUACUAUUCGUAUGUAUUUAAAUGGUUUUAUAAUUGGUUAUAUUUUUCGAGAUGAUAUUUAUAAUAAAUAUUAUAAGCAUAAGAAAAGCAAUAUCUUCUUUCAUUAUAUUAAGCAAAAUAUAUUAAAUAUCAAUAAAAAUUUACACCUAAAAAAUUUAGUUUAUAUACCUAAGGCUCAUUCAUUUGAAACAUAUAUAAGUAAAAGAUUAAAUUGUAAUAAGAACCGUCAUUUAGUUGGUGGUACUACAAACACUUCUAGAUUAUAUAUCUUGAAGAAAAAUUUGCAAGUAUCAAAUUUUGUGGGUUUCAGAUUAUCCUUUUGGACAUGUUUUUGUACAUAUAGCUGUUGGCAAUUGAAUAAUAUAUUAGAGAACAACAUUUUAUCCCCUAUUAUAUCAGGUUUUGUGGCAUCAAUAUUUAGUAAGGGUAUAUUUAGGGAAUCCAAAAAAAGUUUUAUACCUUGUUGGAUGGGCUGUAUGUUAAGCUAUAUUAUUUUCACAUAA